AUGAACAGCAAAAAGCUGAAAAUCUUGCUCUCUCUCUUCGCAUUAAAUUCUGUAUCUCUCUACCUCUACUUCUCUUCCCACCCAGAUCACCACCGUCACAAUCAGUCGCCGGUUUAUCACUAUUCUAACAACCUCCCGCUUUCCGUCAAGCCCUGGCCCAUACUGCCUUCCUACCUUCCCUGGUCGCAAAACCCCAAUGUUCCUUUUCGUUCUUGCGAAGCCUAUUUUGGCAACGGCUUCACCCAGCGUGUUGAUCCCUUGAAACCCAUCUCGGAAACUAACCGAAAAUUGGGCGCCGGCGGUGGUGCUGGGUGGUUCAGGUGUUUUUAUAGUGAGACUUUGAGGAGCUCCAUAUGCGAGGGGGGAAGGAUCCGGAUGGUUCCGGAGAGGAUUCUAAUGUCAAAAGGGGGAGAGAACUUGGAGAGUGUGAUCGGGAGAGGAGAAGAUGAAGAAUUACCGAAUUUCGAAGCUGGUGCUUUUGAAAUUGAGGUUAAUGAUAGAUCGAGGAAUGGGAAACGGCUGGUGGACGAGAAAUUCUUGAAUAAUUAUGUUCAAGAAGGUGCUAUUGAUAGGCACACGAUGCGUGGAUUGGUCGAUUCCAUUCGGUUAGCUGAUGCCACUGAAUUCACUUGCUCUGAGUGGAUCGAAGAGCCAACACUUUUGGUCACACGUUAUGAAUAUGCAAACAUGUUUCACACGGUGACAGACUGGUAUAGUGCGUAUGUUGCUUCUAGGGUCACUGGCUUGCCUAAUCGACCUCAUUUGGUUUUUGUAGAUGGCCACUGUGAGACUCAGUUGGAAGAAACGUGGAGGGCAUUGUUCUCAAGCCUUAAUUAUGCUAAAAAUUUUAGUGGUCCAGUUUGUUUCCGCCAUGCAAUCCUCUCCCCAUUGGGAUAUGAAACUGCUCUAUUCAAGGGACUAACUGAAAGCAUAAACUGCCACGGAGCUUCUGCACAUGAUCUGUGGCAAAAUCCAGAUGAUCGGAAAACUGCUCGACUGUCUGAGUUUGGGGAGAUGAUAAGAGCAGCCUUUGAUUUGCCACUGGAUAGACACCACAUCCCUAAGCCAAUCUCUGGUCAUAAUGUCCUCUUUGUACGACGUGAGGAUUAUCUAGCUCAUCCACGUCAUGGUGGUAAAGUACAAUCAAGACUUAGCAAUGAACAACAAGUGUUCGAUUCUGUCAAGAACUGGGCUUCAAAGCAUCUGGAUUGUAAAUUAAAUAUAAUCAAUGGACUGUUUGCACACAUGUCCAUGAAAGAACAAGUUCGAGCCAUCCAAGAUGCUUCAGUCAUUAUCGGUGCUCAUGGUGCAGGGCUAACUCAUAUAGUUUCUGCAACACCCGGAACAGUAAUUUUAGAGAUAAUUAGUAGUGAAUACAGACGUCCUCAUUUUGAACUUAUUGCUGGAUGGAAAGGGCUGGAGUACCAUCCCAUAUAUCUCAGUGGGUCUUAUGCUGAUCCUCAUGUAGUGUUGGACAAGCUCAAAAGCAUUACGAGGAGCCUCGGAUGCUGA